AUGAAGCCAAAAGAUGUCACUGCUGCGAAUGCCAAAGAGUUAGUCACAAACGUGUAUCGCCCUCUGAACGUGAUGAAAUUAACUAAGAAGAAAAAGUUGAAGGUUGGUGAUAAAGUUUGCAUCACCAAAUACAAACAUGUGUUCGAGAAGGGAUACACUCCCAAUUGGACCACUGAAAUUUUUACAAUUAAGGAGGUUAAGAAUACCAAUCCAACGACGUACAAACUUAUCGAUUACCAGGAUCAACCAAUUGAAGGUGGCUUUUACGAAGAAGAACUCAGUAAAGUUAAAUAUCCAGAUGUUUAUCUUGUUGAAAAAAUCAUUCGUACACGUGGCAAGAAGCUAUAUGUUAAAUGGUUAGGAUUCGAUAGUACACACAAUAGUUAG